CAUCUAUGUGUCUAUCUGACACAUGUCACUGGUGAUGCCACAGCGUGUGAACUAUUAUUGGGCACGGUGACGCCCCGACACUUGGAGUUUUUUGCAGCCACUGCCACAUCCCACUUUACUCUGUGCGCGUCUGAGUGAAGAGUGACUGUGAGCGAAGACGGAGCAGAGGAGGUGAAGUGCACAGCAAUGACAGGCAGCAUCGAGGGACUGCAGAGGUUUGAGAGCCCGGGGAAAGGCCGAGCUCUCCGCGUUACCAGAGCCUUUAAAGUUGGAGAGCUGCUGUUUUCCUGCGCCGCGUACUCGUAUGUGCUGUCAGCCAAAGAGAGAGGCUGCUACUGUGAGUUCUGCUUCACCAGGAAAAACGGUUUGGCAAAAUGUGGCAAGUGCAAGAAGGCUUUCUACUGCAAUGUGAAAUGCCAGAAAGGGGACUGGGCCAUGCACAAGCUGGAGUGUUCGGCAAUGACGGCGUUCAGAGAGAAAUGGUGCCCGUCAGAGACGGCCCGCCUGGUGGCCCGGAUCCUCGCCAAGAAGAAAAUGCAGAAAGAACGAUGUGUGUCUGAGAAGAUGUUGCUCAUAGGGGAGAUGCAAUCACACGUGGAGGACAUAGACAAUGAGAAAAGAGAGGUGAGCGAGGCAGACAUCGCUGAACUGCAUCGCUUUUACUCCAAAAACUUGGAUUUUCCUGAUCACAAAGACCUGCUCACGCUCUUCUCCCAGGUUGCCUGUAAUGGUUUCACUGUCGAGGACGAUGAACUUUCCCACUUGGGUACUGCAGUUUACCCAGACGUGGCACUGAUAAACCACAGCUGUCUUCCCAGCGUCAUAGUCACGUAUGACGGGACAUCAGCUGAAGUUCGGGCUGUGCGGGACAUGAAGCCUGGAGAUGAAGUGCUCAUCAGCUACAUAGACCUGCUUUAUCCAACAGAUGACCGCAACACUAGACUGCGAGAGUCAUAUUUCUUUACCUGUGACUGUCAGGAAUGUAAAAGCAAAUCCAAAGACAAGACCAAGUUGAAGUUACGUAAGAAGGGUGACCCCAUCGAGCCGGAGGUCGUCAGCAACAUGGUGCGCUACGCCAGGAGAAGCAUCAGAGAGUUCAGGGCUCUUAAAAAUGAAAAAGCCCCUAGUGAGCUGCUGGAGAUGUGCGAACAGACCCUGGAGGAGAUGGGAACCGUCUUCCACGACUCCAACGUCUUCGUGCUCCACAUGAUGUACCAGGCCAUGGGCGUGUGUCUCUACAUGGACGAUGUAGAGGGAGCAAUCAGAUACGGAGAGAAGAUCCUCCAACCUUACAUGCAGCUUUACCCGCCCUACUCCCUGAAUGUGUGCUCCAUGUACCUGAAGAUGGGCAGACUGUAUAUGGUGAUGGAGAAACAUGCAGUAGGCAUUAAAGCUCUCAAGAAGGCAAUGGCCAUCAUGGAGGUCACUCACGGGAAAGAUCACUUCUACUUGACUGAGAUGCGCAAAGAAAUAGCACAGAAAUGAAAAGAGAGGCAAGAUGAUGAUGGUGGAGGUGACUUUGGUGUCCCUAUUGACUGCAGUUUUAGUUGUGAGAAGAAUACUUUUAUACCUUUAAAAGCUGCUAUGACAGUGAAUUUCUCCUCCUUUUCCCUCCUUUUCCCACCAAUCAGCUGGACCCCGUUGUCCAUCAGCAUCCUCAUCAGUGUCACUGACACUGUGAGAGUCUCAGAAUAUUUCAAGGUAAAAGAAAGCCGUUCUUAAUAAAUACAUUUGUGGCCACAGUCUUAAAGAAAAUAAGGCUUUAUUGCAUAAUAAGCAAGUUUGACAGUUUCAUACAUGUCUGGGGAGAGAAAAACAAAAGACUGAGAACGCAUAUACAAAACUUAUUUACACAUACUUUGAAACGUAUUCAGGAAUUUGGCCAAAAGAAAGAAAGAAAGAAAGACUGGGGGGGAAAAAUUAAAUAUUAAUAAAGAGUGGAAUGCCUUGUGAGAGAAUACUGUCGUAAAAAGAGAACUGAAGUGCAACAAAACACUUAUAUGUCAAGAGAGAGCUUAUACGUAUCCAAGAAUAUAUACAUUGAAAUAUAUGUAAAAAAAAAAAAAAAUGCAUGCAUAGUUUAUUAUGUUGCGGUAUUUUUAGGGUACCAAGUCAAAAAAAGAAGAAAGUGAUAUAAAACAUUUGUAGAAAUCUUUUCUCACAUGUCCGUUAUGUACAAAGUUAUUUUUUUGGACACGGCUGGCUUUGCAUUACAUUUAUUUUAACAUGUAACAGAUAAUUCUGUAGAAGGUGGUUUCAGAUACUUGGAAACACAACACAGUACUUACUGGGUUUUGAUCAGGUGAGUACACACAACUGCCUUUUUAUGGCAAAGACUUAACUCUUAUGUUUCAAAAACAAUCCCAGAUUUCAGACUUCUCUGGCUCCUGGUGACAAAUCUUUACCUGAGAGUUAGGUAAAUGAUGUCAAAUGUUAAAGUAGCUUUUAUACCAAAAUAGCAAUCAAUAAAAUACCAAUUUGACGAUUUCAUUUUUUUCAUGUCUCAAUCAUAAUACAGUAUCUGCUACAUAUACAGUAUAAGGACACAGUUUCCUAUUGACUGCAGAUGCCAAUGCUCGGAUAUUUAUAAAGUAUCUCCAAUCAACUGGAGAGGAUUUUGAAAUGGUUGAAAGAGAUGGCAAAGAGCGGAGAUUCAAGGAAACAGCUGCUGAAAGGUCCUUGGUUGAAAUGUGUGGAGAGAAAACGGGGAGAAUUAGGAAGAAAAGACGAAAUCAAAAGACCCGACAUGCUUGUCAGUGAUCUGUACAAUGGCAAACUUGACCUCAUUGUUGAUAGAAAUAAAUAAAAUUAAAAAAAAAAUGCUGUGAAAGUAAAUAUUUGCUGUAUUCAUUAAUACUCUUGUUAAAAAAUAAAGGGCACAUUUUCAGAACA